AGAGAGAGGGAGAGAGGGCACGCUCGAGCACAGUUGCCGUUUCACUACUCUCAUUUGUUUGCUUUGGAAAAUGACUGAAGCAGAGUUAUACACGCUGUACAAGGGCGUCUUCAUGCCUUCACUUGUUCACACUCCAAAGAGCCUGAAAUAUUACGAACAGUUCACUUUUCGCCCAGAUGACAUCGUCAUUGCUACAUAUCCAAAGUCAGGUACGACCUGGACACAGGAGAUUGUCCCUCUGAUCGUCAGCGGAGGAGAUCCAGCUUCUGUUGAGACUCUUCCUAACUGGGACCGCGUCCCCUGGUUAGAGGAGGAUCGGGCCUGUAUCCUGAACCUUGAGCAAAGGCCGUCUCCACGAAUGUUUACGACUCAUUUCCAGUACAACAUGAUGCCUCCAUCUUUCUUUGAAGUUAAGCCAAAGGUCAUCUAUGUGAUGAGGAACCCCAAAGAUGUGUUUACAUCGUCCUUGCACUACCAUGGGACGGCAUCCUUCCUGGUAAAGCCAGGCUCACAGAGCGACUUCCUCCACAAGUUCCUUGAUGGAAAAGUGAUGUUCGGCUCAUGGUUUGAUCAUGUAAAGAGCUGGCUGAAUGCAGAACACAAAGAGUGUAUAAUGUACAUCUCCUAUGAAGAGAUGAUUAUGGACCUGAAGGACUCUGUGGCCAGAAUUGCUCAGUUCCUGCAGAAACCUCUGGAUGCUGAGGUGAUAGACAAGAUAGCAGACCGAUGUUUGUUCCAGAACAUGAAGCAGAAUAACAUGUCAAACUACUCGACUGUUCCCCAUGAAUUAAUAGACCAGACAAAGUCUGAAUUUCUAAGAAAAGGGAUUGCUGGAGACUGGAAAAACCAGUUAACAGUGGCAGAAGCUGAGUACUUUGAUGCUGUUUACAAAGACAGCAUGAAGGAUGUCACAUACAGAUUUGUAUGGGAUUGAAAAAAGUGAAUGGAAAUACUUAAUAAAGUCAUUCCACCAUGUAAUUAUAAAGUGAAACUUGUAAAGCACAUGUAGUUGAUUAUAUGAUCUAAGGUGUUUCAUUGUUUUGUACUUUGAACACAUUGCACAUAUUCCAUACACUAUAAAACACUGAAACGACAUUUAAAAUACAAAUGUAUCAUAAGGUAACUAGUUUAGAAAAAUCCACUAAUUUGUUUAUGAAUGGACAAAGAAGCUGGGCUUAUGUCAUUCUUUUAAAACAACCUGUAUUUCGAUUUGACAGAACAUUCAAAAUACAGUUUAUGGAUAUA